UUAGUAACUGAUGCAAUGGCGACAAACAUCAAUAUUUCAGAAGAGAAAGGUGUUGACGUUGCGGUUGAGUUUUGGCUUCAAGCAAUUACGGCAAUUAACGAGAUUACGAACGAUUUCGAGAUGGACAUUUACAUAAACGAAAUGUGGCUGGAUCCAGCGCUGAACUUCCAGCACCUCAGCCCUUGCAAGGAUAAUCUGUCGUUGAAUCACCAGGUGUUGGAACGCCUUUGGACUCCAAACAGUUGUUUCAUCAAUAGCAAAAUCGCACAAAUUCAUGAUUCACCAUUUCGGUAA